UUCCAUCCCCUAAUCUUCUUUAACGUUGUUACCCGGGACUCGGGAGCUGAUUCGCAGCUUCGUUUUCUAUAGUAAUGGCGUCGAAGAAAGAGGAGAAUUAGGUUUUCCGGUGAACAUCUCCUGAAACGAUGAAAGCCCUUCUUCUGGGAACCCCUAAUUUCACUUUACCUAACUUUGGGAAACUGCGCAUUUCAUGCAGCACAAAUUCAAAGAGUCAGAGAAAUGGUGCAGUUUUUAGAAGCCCUACGUGUACAAUGGAUGCGACUUUUGGGGGUAACGUAGGAAAUGUUUCAAAAUUUCCUCGAGUGAAUGUUUGGAACCCUUAUAAGCGCCUUGGUAUUACCACUGAUGCUUCAGAAGAAGAAAUAUGGAGUUCACGCAAUUUUCUUUUGCAACAAUAUGCUGGACAUGAGAGAAGUGAAGAAUCUAUAGAAGCAGCAUUCGAGAAAAUACUGAUGACUAGCUUUGAUCAAAGGAAGAAAACAAAAUUUAACCUGAAAACCAGGUUAAAAAAGAGAGUGGAGGAGUCCCCAUCUUGGAUAAAGAAUUUGCUCAGUAUUGUAGAAGCCCCUCCUAAAGAAGUGAUUCUUAGAAGACUGUUCCUCUUUGCUUUCAUGGGAGGCUGGAGUAUAAUGAAUUCUGCUGAGGGCGGUCCAGCAUUUCAGGUGGCUCUCUCAUUGGCAGCUUGCAUUUACUUCCUCAAUGAAAAGACAAAGAGCUUAGCCAGGGCUUUCAUUCUCGGGUUUGGAGCUCUUGUUGUUGGUUGGAUAUGCGGUUCUUUCGUAGUUCCUAUGGUGCCCUCUGUUCUUCUACGGCCAACUUGGACGCUUGAACUGCUCACGUCUCUUGUUGCCUAUAUCUUCCUGUUUCUUGCAUGUACUUUUCUCAAGUGAACAACUGUUGCCAGUGUUAUGAACUUAAUGAAUGACAUCAAGAAUUAA